CAUACCAUGGCGCGUUUUAGAUUAAUUAGUUGCUUUCUGCUGGUGGUUGCCAGUUUUCUGCCAACGCAGGCAUCUCUCUUGAGUCCUUUAGAUGAUGGACAACUCGAAACAAAGGGAUACUACAAAUAUGACGAUCGUCCCUUGGAUGUUGGGCAACACGAAACGAAAGGAUACUACAAAUAUGACAUCAUCAGCCCGCGAGCUGACGAAGUAGCUAAUUACCGUUUGCCCAACAACACAGAGCCAGUCCACUACGAUGUUGAACUGACUACAAAUGUGCAUACUGGCGAGAGAGCCUUUGUUGGUGUUGUUAGUAUUAAUAUAAAUGUGAUCGAAGAUACAAGGACAAUAGUUCUCCACGCUCGUCAAACGACAAGUACUAAGGCAACCAUUAGGGAUACUGAAUCGGCAACGUCGACAGACAUUCCACUUACAAUCGACUACAACUCUACGCUUGAAUUCCUGUCGUUAACCCCCGAAGAUAAUUCUGUAAAUUUUCUGGCGGGCACAAAAUGGCAGCUGACCAUCGAAUAUAACGGCACCUUACGCGCAGAUAUGGGCGGAUUCUACUUGUCCUCCUACACAGAUGCAAAUAAUGAAGUGCACUAUCUCGCCACGACCCAGUUUGAGAGCACAAAUGCUCGUCAUGCUUUCCCCUGCUACGAUGAGCCGGCGAAGCGGGCUACCUUUACUAUAACUAUCAAUCAUAGUCCCACGUACAAUGCUAUAUCGAACAUGCCCGUGAAUGCGGAGAGAAGCAGUGAAGGUGUAACUGCCUUUGACACAACCCCCAUAAUGUCCACAUAUCUAUUGGCUUUCAUUAUAUCCGACUUUGAAUAUACGGAAGGAUCUUUCCACGGCUUGCCCCAGCGUGUAUAUUCCCGCAAAGGUUCGACAGGUCAACAGCAGUGGGCGCUGUGGUCUGGUUUGCUCCUCGAGUCAAGUUUGGCAAACUAUUUUGAUGUGCCCUUCAAGCUUCCCAAACUUUAUCAGGCUGCCAUACCAGAUUUCUCUGCGGGCGCCAUGGAGAAUUGGGGCUUAGCCACCUAUCGUGAACAAUACAUGUUGUGGACUAAAGAGGGAAGCACUGUUAAUGCCAAGACGAAUAUCGCUAAUAUUAUUGGACAUGAAUACGCACAUAUGUGGUUUGGUGAUCUAGUUUCCAUUCAAUGGUGGACCUAUCUGUGGCUCAAGGAGGGCUUCGCCACAAUAUUCUCCUAUGAAUCAGAUGACAUUGCCUACCCUGAAUGGAAUAUAUACCAGAUUUUCCAUGUUAGUGACUACAAUAGCGCGCUGAUAAAUGACGCAGCUGAAACUGCCACGCCCAUGACACACUAUGUGCAAACUCCUUCAGAAAUUUCUGGACGCUACAAUACCUUUUCGUAUGCCAAACCUGCUAGUGUGCUCUACAUGUUUAAGAACGCUUGGACCGAUCCCGUCUUCCGACUGGGUCUGCACAAGUAUCUAACUGACAACGAAUUCCAGUCCUGUGAUGAGUGGGAUCUGUUUGAUUCGCUUCAGCAAGCAGCAGAUGAGUUAAAUUAUAAUUUGCCGACAACAGUUGCCAACAUAUUCUCUAGCUGGUCGCAACAGGCCGGCUAUCCAUUGCUGACAGUGGAACGAAAUUAUGAAGAUGGCUCCUUCACCAUUAAACAGGAGCGGUACAGCAACGAUAAGAGCACUACGAAUUCGAAAAAUUGGUACGUGCCCAUUAACUAUGCAGUAGCCUCCAAUCCUGAUUUCCGUGACACGAGCGCCUCCUUCUACCUGCUUAAUGAACCGACACUCAAGGUGGCAAACGACCUAUCUAGCAAUGAUUGGCUUAUAUUGAACAAACAGUCCACUGGUUAUUAUCGCAUCUUGUACGAUGAACGCAAUUUGGAACUGAUCGCCGAUGGUCUGAUUCGACACACUCAUAAGAUACAUCCACGCAAUCGGGCUCAACUAUUGCAUGAUACCUAUCGAUUUGUGGCCACCGAACGCCUGAGUCAGGGCACUCUGCUCAAUCUGUUGGUAUAUCUGAAGAAUGAGGAUCAGUACGCACCCUGGUCUAUUGCCAACAGUAUUUUUGCCACCUACGAUCAGUAUCUCCGAGGCGAUGCCAAUUACAACGAAUUCCAACUCUUUGUGAUUAAUUUGGUUGAGGACUUUUUCGACAAGAUCGGUGUCAACGAGGUGCCCGGCGAACAUUAUCUGAACAACUACUUGCGUGUAGUGCUUAUAAGCUUGGCUUGUCAGGUGGGCAGCGAGAAAUGCUAUGUGCAAUCCAACAAUAAACUGAAACAAGGUCUGAGAGAUGGGAUCAAAAUUGAGCCAACACUGCAGAACCAAAUCUAUUGCAAUGGCCUACGCCAAACCGAGGAUGCCCUUUACAAUGAUGUCCUUAAUUUACUACUCAAUUCCACAAUUGCUUCGAAUCGCGUGUUUUACAUUUCGGCCCUUGGUUGCUCACAAACAAAAUCGCAAUUAAGUAGCUUUAUUGAAGCCUCUAUCGAUACCAACAAUAUCCUUUUGGAGUCCGAACGCACUUCAAUACUCAGCUCAGCUUAUUCUCGCGGUGAGGUGGGCCUAACCGCUAGUUUAGAGUUUUUGGAAUUAAACUGGGAGGAAUAUGGUAAACUAGGGACGGGAAGCUCAAAGCCCUUGGAUACAGCCAUACGCGGAAUCGCCAGUUAUGUUGUCAGCGAGAGCCAACGGACUCGGUUAAAUGCAUUGGUUGAAACGGUAAGCGGGUCAGAGCUGGUCAACGCGGACCUAGACACUCGAGUAGAGGCUGCCAUAAAUGCCAACUUCGAGUGGCUGAACUUGCAUCGCGAUCCUCUGCUGAAUUGGAUCAUUGAUUACCAAAAGGAGGAAGAAGGUAACAAUGGAGGAGGUGAUGGCAGUGGCGCGCUUACUGCUUCCAUAACCACUAUUGUGUGCGCUUUGAUGCUGGCAUUAAAUAAGUUGUUUUAAGUUUCGCAGACACAAUUUUCUUUAAUAAACUCAAUAGUUUCUUAACCAAAUA